UUCGCAUCAUUAUGCUAUCUGAUGUUGUCCAGUAUUUUUACUUGAGUCUAUCAACAGGCAUGUUUAACGUCUUGGAUAUGCACAUGUCUUUGGUGGGUAGCUGUCGACAGCUUUGCAGAUGGCCCGCUCUUCACCUGCACAGCACAGUCAUCUUGGCUGAAAAUAAAUUCAAUGGGCUUGUAAGCUGUUGUUUGCUGCAGGCCAGAACACUACUGUCAUCGGCAGGGAGGCUGGAGGAAUCGGCUACAGCUAAGAAUGUCGUCUCCGAUGGAAGCAAGGAGCUGCACAAGCCAGUGAUGCUGAAGGAGGUCAUUAAGUGUUUGGCUCCACAGCAAGGACAGGUAUGUGAGCAGUUGGGUCAAGCUCUGCAGCUGGCAGUGGAAUCAUUAACAAAAGAAGAAAGCUCACCUGAUAAUACUUUCUUAGAUAUGACAUUUGGAGCGGGAGGACACAGCAAAGCCAUUCUACAGCAGGCAUCAGACAUCACUGUGUACGCAUUGGACAGAGACCCAGUGGCACACCAGAUAGCUCAUCAGCUGGCAAAAGAACACCCCAAACAAGUCUACCCUCUCUUGGGACGGUUUAGUGAUCUGCAGGCCCUGCUGCCCUCCGCGGGAGUGGAGCCUGGGAGUCUGGACGGGGUCCUGCUGGACGCAGGCUGUUCCUCCAUGCAGUUUGACAAUCCCGAGAGGGGCUUCUCCCUCAGCAAGGAUGGCCCUCUGGACAUGAGAAUGGACAGCAACAGGUGCCUUGCCAUGCCCAGCGCUGCUGAUGUGGUGAACGCCUUAGAUCAACAGGCGCUUGCGUCCAUCCUGAGAACAUACGGGGAGGAGAGACACGCCAGGAAAAUAGCUUCAGCAAUUGUUCAGGCACGCAGCAUCUACCCCAUCACCAGAACGCAGCAGCUCGCCAGCAUAGUCGCAGGAGCCUUCCCUGCUGUUGCCCUCUACGCCCGGAGAGAUCUGAUGCUCCGCCCAGCCCACGUGGCCACCAAGACCUUCCAGGCACUGCGGAUCUUUGUGAACGACGAGCUGAAUGAGCUCUAUGCAGGCCUGCGGGCCGCCGAGGGCUUCCUGAAGCCUGGGGGCUGCCUGGUGGCGGUCAGCUUCCAUUCACUGGAGGACCGCAUUGUCAAGCGCUUCCUCCACGGGAUCGACGUGGCCGCGCCGCACAAUCUCAACGUCCGCCAGAAGAUCCGACAGAGCCGACGGGGCUGGGCGGAGCAACAUGGAGGUGAAGUGGAGGAGGAGGAGGAGGAGGAUGAUGAUGAUAAUGAGGAGCAGUCUCGUGGUCCCGGCUCUGCAAACUGGCACCAUGUGCAGAAGAAAGUGCUAACGCCAGACCCACAGGAGGUGUUGGAAAAUCCACGUGGGAGAUCUGCCAAACUCAGAGCAGCUCGGAAACGGUGAAAUAGUUCACAAUAGUAAGUCCCUUUAGUUAUCAGAGGACAGGGUUCACUGAGCACACUACAUGGUGGAAACUCAAUGUGGUUAAGUGGUUGUGAGAUUGUGCUGCAAAUUGACUCUAUUAAGCUUUGUCAGAAAUAAAAUAAAGGACCAUGUGUUCUAUGUUCUGUAUGCAAGUGCAUGGGUUAAAGUAUUUUGGUAUUGCAGUACCUCUCCCUUUAACCCUUCUGCUCCAGUGAACAUUCUACCUGUUUGAGGUCUGAUUGCCAUAACGUGACUUUCAGCUUGUGUGUCAGGACAAAUAUCCACCGAAAGUAUACAGUAUUAUACCUUUCUAAACAGCUGAAAAUCUGAAGAUUAUUAAGAG